AUGGGACCACGACCGCUGCCCAUGACGACGCCCCAGAUAGAGGCAGCACAGCGGGACCUAUACCUGACCCGCAACGAUGGCACGCGCGAGCUGCUCGUGCCCGACUCGAGCGGCGGCCGAGUUCACAAAGUCAUCAUACGGCCGACUUCGAUCAAUACCUUCAAGACGCAUGCGCCUUACUUUGCCGCGGCCGCUCUACCCGCGCAAGGCAGCAAGCCAAAGUCACCAUCCGCGACGAGAUCAGGCGAUCGUGCGAGCGAAAAGGCUUCCGGUGCAAUGACGCCGGGCGGUACGAAGAUGGCCAGGUCUCCAUCGGGUAAGACGGCUGCCACCGCGACGGUCCAGCCGGUGCGGAAAGUAGGCGUGAACAAGCAAUUCUGGAUGCAACUGCGUGCCAUCUUUCGCAUUCUCAUCCCUCGGUCGACUUCCAAAGAAGUCUUUCUCUUCUCGCUACAUACCUUCUUUCUGCUCUUGAGGACUUACCUCUCUCUGCUCGUUGCCAAGCUAGACGGUAUCAUCGUUCGCGAUCUCGUCUCGGCAGACGCCAAAGGGUUUCUCUGGGGUCUCGUCUACUGGUUUGCUCUGGCUCUACCGAGCACGUAUACAAAUUCGAUGAUCCGCUUCUUGCAAAACAAGCUGUCGAUCUCUUUCCGGACCCGUCUCACCCGCUAUGUCCAUGAUCUCUAUCUGAGCGAUCAGCGCAACUACUACAAGAUCAUCAAUCUCGACAGCCGCGUCGACGCUGCCGAUCAAUUGAUCACUACUGAUCUCGCAAGAUUCUGCGAUAACCUCGCGUCACUCUAUUCGAAUAUCUCCAAGCCGACCCUUGAUCUGAUUCUCUUCAACAUCCAGCUAGGCCGAAGCAUCGGUCGAGCAGGCAGCGCAGGUCUCUUCGUUUCCUACAUCUUCACCGCGUGGAUUUUGCGGAAAGUCACCCCCGCUUUCGGCAAGCUGGCUGCGGUAGAAGCCAAACUCGAGGGUGACUUCCGUGCUGCUCACUCUCGACUGAUCACUAAUGCCGAGGAAAUCGCCUUCUAUAACGGCGCACAUCUAGAGCAAGAUAUCCUCACGCGCGCAUAUCUGAGACUCAUCAAGCACGUCAACUCCAUCUUCAAGAUUCGCAUCGCCUACAGCAUGACGGAAGAUUUUGUUAUCAAAUACCUCUGGUCCGCGGCUGGCUACUGCCUCAUUUCGAUUCCCGUCUUCUUCGGUCCUGGGAAAAAGGGAGCCAGCGAUGACACAAAGGUCUUGCAAGGUGUACAGGUCGCCGAGAAGCCCAAGCGAGAUCCGAACAGUGUCGCUGGCAGGACAGAGAGCUACAUCUCAAAUCGACGGUUGCUGCUAUCGCUGGCAGAUGCCGGCGGUCGUCUGAUGUACUCCUACAAGGAGCUCGCCGAAUUGGCUGGUCAUACUUCACGAGUCUAUUCUCUCAUCAGCACGCUUCAUCAGCUCAAUGGCGACAAGUACCAGUCUGUACCUCGGCCGGCCUCACUCGAUCCGUCCGAGCCAUUCUACGACCUAGGCAGCAUCAAUGGCAAGCUCGUCGACGGCGCAGAGGGCGUAGAAUUCAACAAGGUGCCCAUCGUCGCGCCCGCUCCCGGAUUGGAAAGAGGUGGCGAGUUGCUAGUGAGGGAUCUCAAAGUCACUGUUGCGCCGGGCGAGCACAUGCUCAUCACGGGCCCGAACGGUGUUGGCAAGACUGGCGUCGCUCGUGUCCUUGCCGGUUUGUGGCCUACUUUCGAAGGCGUCGUUCGCAGGCCUGCUCGAGGCGAGAUAUUCUACCUGCCGCAACGGCCCUACCUCAGCUUGGGCAGCUUGCGAGAUCAGGUCAUCUAUCCGCAUUCACUGCCAGAGAUGCGAGCAUCGGGCAAGACCGAUGCCGAUCUUCGAGAGAUCCUCAAGCAUGUCCACCUUGCAUAUCUGCCCGAGCGAGAAGGAGGCUUCGAUACGCGCAAAGAGUGGAAGGACGUCCUGUCGGGCGGCGAGAAGCAACGCAUGAACAUUGCACGCUUGUUCUACCAUCUGCCUCGAUUCGGCAUCCUUGACGAAUGCACAAGCGCAGUCAGCACAGACGUCGAAGGUCUCAUGUAUCAGCACGCCAAGGACCUGGGCAUCACGCUCAUCACUAUUUCGCAUCGACCGUCACUGUUCAAGUACCACAGCCAUCUGCUUCGACUCACCGGCGAGAAGGGCACUUGGGAGCUAUCGCAGAUCGGCACAGCGGAAGAAAAGCUCUCGUUCGCAAAGGAGGUAGAACAGAUUGAAGCCAAGCUACAAGACGUCGAAAGCUGGAAGGCCAGAUUAAAGGAGAUCGAAAACGAACUCGCGUUCCAGAAGUCUUGA